UGUGGUAGGAGGGAGCGGUGAGCUGAUCGGGGAGCGGCUUCCUGUGUGUACACCCCGGGGAUAGUACUGACCGGAGAUCAGCACUCUGCUUCUCGCUGUUACCAUGGGCGGCUGCAGGCUUUUCCGCCUCAUCACCUUCUGUGUACUGGGGGCUCUGUACCUACCAAACAAGGUUUCUUCCCAGCACUGUGUCUGGUAUGGGGAAUGUGGGCAAGCAGAAGGAGAGAAGCGGUACAACUGUGAAUACCUCGGCCCUCCAAUACCCUUACCUGAAGCCGGUCAUGAAUUACUACAGCAACUGUGCCCAUCCUUGUACUAUGGCAAUGUCAGCGUGUGCUGUGAUGCCCAACAGCUCAAUACGCUAAACAAAAACCUACAGCUUCCUCUGCAGUUUCUUUCAAGGUGUCCUUCCUGCUUUUAUAAUUUGAUGACUUUGUUCUGUGAGCUGACCUGCAGUCCUCGGCAGUCAGAAUUUCUGAAUGUCACAGGUACCAUGGACUACAUCGGCCCAGAGAUAUCCAAAGGAAACAAAAGCAUCAUUGCGAUGGAUUACUACAUCGGGCAAAGUUUUUCUAAUGCUAUGUACAAUGCCUGUAAGGAUGUAGAAGCCCCAUCCAGUAAUGUUAAAGCUUUGAGUCUGAUGUGUGGAAGAGAAGCUAAAGAUUGCAAUGCAACCAACUGGAUCCAAUACAUGUUCAACAAGGAUAACGGGCAGAUUCCUUUCACCAUCACACCUUACUUUUCAGAUAAUCCACUGCACCACAUGAUUCCCAUGAACAAUGCUACAAAGGGAUGCAAUGAGUCUGUGGAUGAAGAUGGUGCCCCAUGUAGUUGUCAGGACUGUACCCUUGUCUGUGGCAGUAAACCAGCACCACCUCCUCCUCCAGCUCCCUGGCUUAUCUUUGGCUUUGAUGCUAUGGUUAUAAUCAUGUGGAUAUCCUAUGCUGCAUUUUUACUUCUCUUCUGCUCUAUUCUCAUUGGAGCUUGGUGUUACAGAAAAAAGAAGAUCGUUUCAGAAUAUGCUCCGAUUGACAGCACCUUGGCCUACUCUGUGAAUUACACAACUGUAUCAGGUGAUCCAUCAUGCUGUGACAGAUUAGGGGAGCGCCUGGAGAACUGUUUGAGGAUUGCUUUCACCAAAUGGGGCUCCUUCUGUGUCAGACACCCCUGGAUCGUCAUUUUCUUCUCUGUGGCUCUAAUUGCUGUGUGUGCUGCGGGACUGAAAUUCAUGCGGGUCACUAGUGACCCUGUAGAACUGUGGUCUGACCCGCACAGCCAGGCACGCAGAGAGAAGGAUUACUUUGACACACACUUUGGACCGUUCUUUCGCACAGAGCAGCUGAUCAUCACUGCACCUAACAGCAGUGGAGAAAUCUACUCCCCAUAUCCAUCAGGGAGGGAUGAGCAUUUUGGACCUCCUCUAACCUUUGAUAUUCUCAGUCAGGUCUUAGAAUUACAAGAUGCCAUUGAGAGCAUAACUGCCACGUACAAGAGUGAGACCGUGAUGCUAAAAGACAUCUGCCUGGCUCCACUGGCUCCGUACAAUAACAACUGUACAAUCCUCAGUGUCCUGAACUAUUUCCAGAACAGCUAUUCUGUUUUAAAUCACACCGUUAGGGAUGAUUUCUUUGUUCAUGCGGAUUACCACACUCACUUCUUAUACUGUGUGCGGUCACCAGCUUCUCUGAAUGACACCUCUGAACUUCAUGACCCAUGCCUGGGCACUUUUGGUGGCCCAAUCUUCCCAUGGCUUGUUCUUGGAGGCUAUGAUGGAGAGAAUUAUAACAAUGCUACUGCACUGGUGAUCACCUUUCCCGUAAAUAACUUUCACAAUGACACUGAGAAGAUAAACAAGGCUCUGGCUUGGGAGAAAGAAUUUAUUAGAUUUGUGAAAAAUUACAACAACUCCAAUUUAGCCAUCUCGUUCUCUGCUGAGAGGAGUAUUGAAGAUGAGCUUAAUCGGGAAAGUAAGAGUGACGUGACCACAGUCCUUAUCAGCUAUGCUCUGAUGUUUGUCUACAUCUCGCUGGCCUUGGGUCAGAUCAGCCAGUGUAACCGUAUUUUGGUGGACUCAAAGAUUUCACUCGGUGUUUCUGGUAUCCUUAUUGUGCUGAGCUCAGUCGUUUGCUCCCUGGGAAUUUUCAGCUACGCUCGCAUUCCACUCACUCUCAUAGUUAUUGAGGUCAUCCCAUUCCUGGUUCUAGCAGUUGGAGUGGACAACAUAUAUAUCAUUGUGCAAACCUUGCAGAGAGAUGAACGCUUGCAGGGUGAGAAGCUGGAUGAGCAGAUCGGCAGAGUCCUGGGUGAUGUUGCCCCAAGCAUAUUUCUGUCCUCACUCUCUGAGACUGUGGCCUUUUUCUUGGGAGCAAUGUCCAAUAUGCCGGCUGUACGAACAUUUUCACUCUUUGCUGGAAUGGCGGUCUUCAUAGAUUUCCUUCUUCAGAUCACCUUCUUUGUGAGCCUACUAGGUUUGGAUAUCAAACGUCAGGAGAAAAGCAGGCUGGACAUCCUCUGUUGUAUCCCAGGGUGUAAGAAGGAUCGUUCUACAGAAAAACCAAAGAGCUGGCUUUUCCUAUUCUUCAAGAGGCUCUAUGCCCCUCUGCUAAUGAAAGACUGGAUCCGGCCUAUAGUGAUGUCGGUCUUUGUGGGGAUGCUUUCCUUCAGUAUUGCGGUGGUCAAUAAAGUGGAGAUCGGUUUGGAUCAGACCCUGUCCAUGCCGGAUGACUCCUAUGUACUGACAUACUUUGAGUCUCUGAAUAAAUAUCUGCAUUCCGGUGCCCCCGUGUAUUUUGUGGUGCAAGAAGGACAUGACUAUAAAACAUUGGAAGGGCAGGCGAUGGUGUGUGGUGGAGCAGGGUGCAAUAACAACUCGCUGGUUCAACAGAUUUACAAUGCUGCACAGAUUGACAACUACACAAGAAUAGGCUAUCCCCCUUCCUCCUGGCUGGAUGAUUACUUUGAUUGGGUGAAGCCUCAGUCUUCAUGUUGCCGUGUGUAUAAUGAAACUGACAAGUUCUGCAAUGCUUCAGUUGUGGAUCCAUCCUGCCAUCGUUGCCGUAAUUUUACAUCAGAAGGUAAACGGAAGCCGGUGGGAGAGGAUUUCAUGAGAUUUCUGCCCAUGUUCCUCUCGGACAAUCCUAACCCGAAGUGCGGUAAAGGUGGACAUGCUGCAUACAGCACCGCCGUGGACCUAAUCUCCAGUAAUACAGAUGUGGGGGCCACUUACUUUAUGACUUACCACACCAUCCUGCAUAACUCCUCAGACUAUAUUGAUGCCCUAAGAAAAGCACGAAUGAUAUCAAAGAAUAUCACGGACAGCAUCGAUGUCCCCGGCAAAAAUUACAGCGUCUUUGCUUACAGUGUUUUCUAUGUGUUCUAUGAACAAUACUUGACCAUUGUGGAUGAUACAGUGUUCAAUCUUUGCCUGUCACUGGCUGCAAUAUUCUUUGUGACGGUCAUUCUGCUAGGCUUCGAGGUCUGGUCUGCUGUUCUGAUGUGUCUCACCAUCUCCAUGAUCCUUGUCAAUAUGUUUGGAGUCAUGUGGCUUUGGAACAUCAGCCUGAAUGCUGUAUCCCUGGUGAACUUAGUCAUGUGUUGUGGCAUUUCUGUGGAGUUCUGCAGUCAUGUGACCAGAGCCUUCUCAAUCAGCACAAAGGGAAGUCGAGUUUAUCGUGCACAGGACGCCUUGGCACACAUGGGUAGUUCGGUCUUCAGUGGAAUCACUCUGACGAAAUUUGUGGGUAUUGGCGUAUUGGGCUUGUCCAAGUCUCGGAUAUUCAAGAUUUUCUACUUCAGGAUGUACUUAUCUAUGGUGCUUCUUGGAGCUGCUCAUGGCCUAAUAUUUCUGCCAGUUCUACUUAGUUACAUUGGGCCACGAGUGAACAAAGCCAAGGUUCAAGCAGCACGGGAGAGAGUAAGAGGCACAGAACAAGAAAGACUUCUUGCCCACUAGAGUGACUAUGUACCCCCAGACUAUGGAGAAAGGGAUACAGAGCCAGCUGGAGUGCAGGACCAACCCAGCACCACCUCAAGCACCCUCACUGCAGCUGGCAGUCUCAGGAAAGGACUCUUCCAUGAUAGCAGUGUUACAGCCAAUGACUUUCACAAUGUGUAUAUAGAAGUUACAUUUUAUUGGGAAAGAUUUUUUGUUUUAUACAAUCUCUUUAAUUUAUGGACAACCCCGAAAAUUUGUUUUCUAAAUGCAAAAACCAAUGCACGUUCCCCACUUCCUUGAUUUCAGAUGGAUUCAUGUUUUAGCAACAAAGGCAAAUAUAUUUUAUUAAUUACUUUUUAUAUUGGAGAAUAAAUAUGAGCCACAUGAAGAAAGAAAGGAGCUCACACCAUUUUAUAAGCAGAAUCUGCAUGGACUUUAUUCUUAGUAUAAUACAUUUGUACAAUUUUUAUAUGCAGUUUAAGAACUAAUCUUUAGCAAUGCUUGUUCACCAAACCUCUGUCUGAAGAAGGUCACAUGCUCCUCGCAGUGUUCGCCUACAGAGAAGAAAUAGGGAGGAAGUAUGAGUAGAACAGAUGCAAGGUCUAGCAGCAGUGUUUUUUAAAGUGAAAUUUCAGCUAAGCCUUUGUUUUGGAUAGAGUGGUGAAUGGGGCAGAAGGGCUGGUGUGUAGUAUGCGUCUCUGCUGGAAAGAUCCCCUUUGAGAUGAAAUCUUUCCAACAUGGAGCACACACCCCAGUUAAACAAAACUGACAACCCAUUCCCCAGGCUAAUCUAUCCCCACUUGAAGUUCUACUCGCUUCCAGUCCCAGUGACCACAGGAGUUUAGAUUUAUGAACGCAGUGCAGACAUUACUUCCAGUUUUCAUUGUUAAGGGAAACUAAAAUUGACCUGUACAGUUUUUUUUUUUCUAAUUAAAGUAAGUCAACUUAA